ACUGAAGAGGUGAUUGAGCCAUUUAAUUCAAGUGUGAUGGACCAGAGACUACCUAAAAGUUGUAAGACACUUUCUGGAUUUGAAGACCUCUAAAGUCAAAUAAAGUCUAAUGUAGUCUACAAUCUAGCUUGUCAAGUUAAUGUUAAAAAAAACAACUCAUUUAUGUGGGGGAUGACAACAGUGGUUGUUAAUUCACUAAAAUUGUGCUCAUGUAAGCCAGCUGCUGUUGAACAUUGAACAUGGUUUUAAGAUUUCAUUUUCUAAUUUAUUUUCAUAACUGCCUUUUUAUUUGAAACUCUAGUACCUUGCAGUUGCCUAGAGCUUUGGUUUGUAUAAAAUUCUGUUUUGCAGCAAUACAGUAGACUGGCACUAUAUGAACCAGAGGUGUCUUUAUGAGGUUAGAACCAGUUGAAAGCUGGAGCCCAGGGGCACCGCCUAUAGACUGGUGUAGUCUUCAUCCCAUCCACUGGGGGCUUGUAUUUUUAUUAUUGCGGGAUUAGAAAACAUUAUUCCAAUAUGGAGGAACCAGAUCGUAGAUCUACUACAGUGUAGACUCCUACGCCCCGAGUCUCCCCCUGCAGUUCAUUGGUCCAUGAACGGGUUCAGCACCACGCAGGGUGAACAGCGACACUCCGCAGUUUCGUCUGAUGAGGAUGCCACGGAAGCUGCUCAACACGGUUACUAUGACACCGGGUUUUUUCUUCUUUUCUUACUCUCCAUGACACUGUUCCAUCCAUCCAUAGCAAGUAGUCCCAGCCAGGAUAUUGCUCAGUUUGAUCGGCGGAUUCGUCUUGUCUUCAGAGGAGAUCUAGCAUCACGGAUGUUCGGAUGCUUCACAGAUUUCCCUUAUUUCGCCGGGUCUGCUUCGCUUCGAGUCCAAAGGCAUGACGGACUCUACUAAAACCAUCCCUCGGGUUCAGUCCAGGUGCUUCAUCUUCUCAUGCACAACGCCGCAUCCGCUAUCACAGCUGCCGCCGCCCGAACACCGGUUCUCCCAGCCGGCGCCACGGUGUCCGGCGGUCCGCCAAAGCCUCUUAUGACAUGACAACUCCGGGCAGGAGGAGCAGGAUCAAAGGUUGUGGGUAGGGAUUGCAGAGGGAUGGGUCAGAUCCUCGAGGAAAGGGUGCAAAGAACCUGAAAGUUUCCCUUUGACAGUGCCUAAGCAGAGAAGCGCUCGACUGGUUUGGAGUCUCCAGGGGGUCAGAAAGUCCCCGUGAUCCUUAUUCUGAUCUGUAUACCUUCAGUGUGGUGACACCCACCUCUGUCUCCCAGUCUCAUCUGAUGUACGGCCUCAUAGUGUUGAUACUGGUCGAGUCCCAGCCAGCUGCGAGGUUCCCCGGGCCUGUGAGGUUCUCCUUCUCCUGCGCAGUCAUGGGUUGCAUUCAGAGCAUAGCUUGCAACAAGUCGCGAAUCAAGCGGGAGAACAUCGUGGUACAUGACCUGUCCGCCACCAUAGACCACUGCCCGACUGUCAUAGAGGAAAACUCCCCCAUUGUGCUCCGAUACAAGACGCCCUACUUUAAAGCCGCUGCGCGGAUUGUCAUGCCCCCCAUUCCGCGCAACGAGACCUGGGUGGUGGGUUGGAUCCAGGCGUGCACUCAGAUGGAGUUUUACAACACCUACGGAGACAUCGGCAUGUCGAGCUGGGAGCUGCCUCAGCUGCGGGAAGGUCUGGUGAGAGCCAUCAGCGACUCCGACGGCAUCAGCUACCCCUGGUACGGAAACACGACAGAGACCGUCACCAUAGUGGGGCCCACCUCCAAACCGUCCCGCUUCACAGUCAGCAUGAACGAUAACUUUUACCCUAGUGUCACCUGGGCCGUGCCGGUCAGCGAGUCCAACACGCCCUUGCUGACCAACAUCAAGCGGGACCAGAGCUUCACCACCUGGCUGGUGGCACUGAACACCACAUCCAAGGAGAAGAUCCUGCUGCACACCAUCAAGUGGCGGAUGAGGGUGGACAUAGUUGUGGAUCCAGCCCAGCCUCUGGGCUCCAGAGCCCGGCUGGUGGGCCGGCUGUACCAGGAACAACCGCGGGUGCUGAGCCGCAUGGAGCCCGUCCCUCCAAACGCCAUGGGAAAGCCGAACGCCAACGACGCCCAGGUUUUGAUGUGGAGGCCGAGGAGAGGUCCUCCGCUUGUUGUCAUACCGCCUAAAUAGAGCCAAGAGAGGCUCUUCAGAGCUGUUUCUUUUUGCUACAACAUCACAGAGAGCCACAAACGACUGAAAACGAUGAUGAAAGACCGAAGCAGAGUUAAGUAUUUAAUUGUUGAAUCAGUGUUAAAACUCUGCCUUAAUUCCCCACCGCUGCCUUUGACCAUCCAGAAGGUUUCAGCCUCUGGUGCUGCAGAACUGUGGAGCGUACGGAGGUGCACUCUAACCCAGCACACCCGAGCAGAGCGCUGCUUAACUCUGAGAAAACACCGUCAGUGCUGGGAUGUAUCAUUAGUCUUCGAUGUAGCUCCUCAGGCUCAGGAGGACGUGAUCAAGCCUUGACACGGGCAGAUAUACGCAAAAAGGUUUACAGCCUUAAAGAUCCUCCAGAGGAAAAGUUUUGGAGGUGGAGGUGAAGGAAAGACAACUCUACUGUGGGGGUUAAUUGAUCGUUUUCAUUUCUGAUGGAUGAUGUGAAUGUACGUAUUCAGGUGUUUUUUGUCUGUGCAGAUGUGUUUUUAUAACGGCUGCGUUCGGGCUUGCUGCUGUCACACCAGACUGCCUCAAACACGCCAGAGGCCUCAUUCAGGUUAGUUUUAGAUUCAACUUUCAGAUCACAGGAAAUACAGACUCGACACGUACACAUCCUCACGGACACAAUGACACAUGAAUGAAGCCUACAGAGAGAUUCUCCUUUUCUAACAGAGACUUCAUCCAAGCUUCCCAGUUGCUCCAGUUCUGCCUUUGCAAAGCCAGAGAUGCCUGCAGAUAUCGACAGUAAAGCCGGAUUUUUUUUCAUUUUAUUUUACUUUUUGGUGGGAUUUUCAGGCCCCUCCUUUUAGAUCUGGAAAGAAUGAAGAUGUACGGAGGCAAACGUACGCCAAAAUGAUUUGACUGUUUGUUAGAAAGGGAAACCAGUAGUAUACCACCAUGUUGAAUCACAACUACAUGCCACAUCAUCAAACUCUCUGUUCCCCUUUUCACCUCCAUAAAUUCAUGGUCCUUCAGUAUUACUUACAGGUGCUUUGUGCUGCUUUUGGCUCCCAGUGGGAGGUGUGUUCAGACUGGUAUCGUGACAUAGAUGGGGUUUAGUAGAGUUUGGGGCUGGGAGUGGCUUGUAGGAACUCUAAACUCUUCAUUUUUCCUCUCUACCUUGCCUGUCGCUCUUAAGCUUCGCAUCCAGUCUUAAAAUGCGGUUUAAAAAUCUGUCUCUACAAUAGACUACUUGCUUUAAAAACUCGUUAUCAUAGUUUUUAAUUUCUCAGAAGGCAAAUCAGAGAGUGCGUUCCAACUAUUGAUGAAUUACGUUUCUCCUGCCUCUCUGGGAAAAUUUGCUCUUCCCGCUUCUGCACAGCAAGAUCCAACUGAUUGUUGAACCAAGGAACAGUGUGGCUCUCAUCCAGGCAGAGAACAGACCUUUACCCAUCCCUGGAUUUGAAGCUUGUCUCUAAUUAGAAGAGUAUCAAAGGUUUGGGUCGUGGAUUCAGUUUACAGUGUUACAGUCACAGUGUCUGGAUAGUCUCCAGAUUCUACAAGAUUUCUACAGAUUUUUGUGUUUUUUUUUAGCCAAUAACGAACAAUUUCUACCCGCAAUUGGUUACUGACUGCAAAGUAAAAAGAAACACAAUGUGAAAUGAUUAGAAAUAUUUCUUCUUUUUCUUUAGUCAUACAUAAUACAAAGACAUUAUUUCAAAGGCUGAAGCUGAAACAUAUUCAAGACGAGAGGCGAAUGUAUCUUUAUUUAUUUUUGUUUGUUGUUGUUUUUUUUUUUUUUUUUACAACACUUAGCAUUUAAAAACAUGGCAGAAACAGCAGCUGGGGUAUUAAAAGUCAAAGGUGUCGGAUUCUUGUGUGAAUUAAGGGGUUUUGUUGCUCGGUGGUUUAAUGUUCUUGUAUUUUUGUUCCAUCUUGUUGUGUCAGCUCCGACGUCCAGGUGGAUCAGUUUGACAGAUGGAUUUUUUUCCUUUUUCUGCACUAGAGAUAUUUGCUAAAAACAUUUGAAACAGGGGUUAGCAUUAUCAGUAAGGGUUGCACCAGUACAUGAAUGCAUGCAUCAGUCGGUAUUAUUGGUGCCUUCUCUGGUUGGUAAGUUGCAUAUCUCAUGUGUGUACUCGCGCAUUUCGCCUCCUGAUAUCUCUGGUGGAUUUAUUCUGUGGUCAGGGACGGCUGGGUUUCUCUUCAGCCUGAAGGACACAGAGUAACCAACUCGAGGUUUUGUUUUAAUAUUUGAGUAAAAUUGAAAGUUUUCCAUAAUCAUGUCCAUAAACACUUUACCUCCAAACCUUAUUUAUGUUUUGGUUUUAGUUUUUUUUGUUUUUGUUUUUGUAAUUUUCCC